UUGUUUUGUUUUUUUUUUUUAUUUUUUUAUUUUUUUUUUCAAAGUAACUUAAUGGGCAGCUUGAAACAUAGUUAAGGUUGGGUUGGGCCGAUCGAAUAUGUAAUAUAGCGAUUGUUUGAGACUGAGCUAACUGGUAAUUAAAUCACAAGGGAAGUGCACAGUGCGUCCUGUAUACUGAAUACCGUUGAACCUCUGUCGAUAGUUCUUUCACGCUCCGACUGCUGCAGCGGCGUCCUCUCAGCUCCACCGUCUUCUCCGGCCGUUUCUACUAGAAACAACAAGAUAUGGUGAUUCCUCCACCAGUGAAGGCUCAAAGGAUCACAAACUAUCUAAAACCGUAUCUUCUAAAGAUGCAUUUUUCAAACAAAUAUGUAAGUGCACAGGUGAUCCAUGCACCAACUGCCACCGUGGCCUCUGCCGCCAGCUCACAGGAGAAGGCUCUCCGGGAAGCAUGGAACAGUAGCCAGCAAAGCACCAGAGAUGUGGCGGCUGCCGCCAAGAUAGGGAAGCUUUUAGGUGAGAGGUUGCUGCUUAAAGAUAUUCCGGCGGUUUCUGUGGUGUAUAAAAAAGAGCAAAGAUACCAUGGAAAAGUUAGAGCUGUUAUUGAUUCUUUAAGGGAAGCAGGUGUUAAGUUGCUUUAAGUUUUUUUUUAAUAACAUUUGUUUGGUCAUAAGCUGUUUUCCUUGUAAUUGGAAAAGAAAUUGUGGUUUUGUAUGAGAAUUAGGGGGACAUUUGGAUUGUGGAAUGUUUUUUGAAUGAAGGGGAUUUGCCUAAUUAAAAGGAA